AUGAUUUCUAGAAGGUUUUAUUCCACAAUUGAAUCAUCGUCAAAGGUAUUGGCAACACUUAAGAAUCCUACUCUUGUCAAGACAGAUGCGUAUAUCAAUGGUAAUUGGGUUACCAGUGCAUCCGGGGAAACUUUCAAAGUAACUAAUCCCGCAACAUUUCCUAAACCUGAAAGUGAACUAGCUACAGUCCAAUCCAUGGCAUCAGAAGAUUUUAAUUCAGCAAUUGAAGCUGCUAAUAUUGCAUUUAAUAGUUUUAAACAUACCACAGGUAGACAUAGAUCAGAAUUAUUAUUGAAAUUAUACCAAUUGAUGAUAGAUAAUAAAGAAGAUUUGGCAAAAAUUGUUGUUUUAGAAAAUGGGAAACCUUAUGUUGAUGCAUUAGGUGAAGUUUCAUACGCUGCUUCAUUUUUCCAAUGGUUUUCAGAAGAAGCACCACGUAUUUAUGGGGAUAUUAUACCUUCAGCAAAUGGAAAAAACAGAAUAUUGACUAUUAAACAACCUAUUGGUGUUUGUGGUAUAAUGACCCCUUGGAAUUUUCCUUUAGCAAUGAUUACAAGAAAAGUAGGUGCAGCAAUAGCAACAGGUUGUACUACAGUUAUCAAACCAGCUUCAGAAACUCCAUUGUCAGCUAUUGCAUUGGCUGUUUUAGCUGAAGAAGCUGGUUUUCCAAAAGGUGUGAUUAAUGUUUUACCUUCUUCCGAUGCUGCAGGUGUUGGUAAAUUGAUUACUGAACAUCCAUUAAUUAAAAAAGUUUCAUUUACAGGAUCAACUCCAGUAGGUAAAAUUUUAAUGGAACAAUCAGCUUCAACUUUGAAAAAACUUUCAUUUGAAUUAGGUGGAAAUGCACCAUUUAUGGUAUUUGAAGAUGUGGAUAUUGAUAAAGCUGUUGUUGGUGCCAUUGCAUCAAAAUUUAGAUCAAGUGGACAAACUUGUGUUUGUGCAAAUAGAAUCUUUGUUCAUGAAAAAGUAUAUGAUGAAUUUUCACGCAAAUUGGUUGAAAAAUUAACCAAAGAUGUUGUUUUAGGUAAUGGUCUUGAUCCAAAAGUUAAUUAUGGUCCAGUUAUUCAUGAUAGAUCAAUGAAGAAAGUAAGACAACAUAUCGAUGAUGCUGUUUCAAAAGGUGCAAGUAUUUUAUAUGGAGGAAAUAAACGCCCAGAUUUAGGAGAAAAUUUCCAUGAAUUGACUGUUUUGGGUGAUGUUACUACUGAUAUGUUGAUUGCUAAUGAAGAAACUUUUGGUCCAGUUGCUCCAUUAAUUAAAUUUAAAACUGAUGAAGAAGUUAUAGAAAUGGCUAAUGAUACUACAGUUGGAUUAGCUGGAUAUUUCUUUGCUAAUGAUAUUACCAAGAUUUUCAAAAUUGCGGAAGCUUUAAAUGUUGGUAUGAUGGGUGUAAAUACAGGUGCUAUUUCUGAGGCAGCAUUACCUUUUGGUGGUAUUGGUGAAUCUGGAUUUGGAAGAGAAGGUUCAAAAUACGGUGUCAGUGAUUAUUUGAUUGUUAAGAGUGCAGUCAUUGGUGGAAUUGAAGAUUAA